AUGGCUUGCUGUAUCGCCCGCUGCUGCAGCGUCCCCACCGGCCCUGCCACCACCAUCUGCUCCUCUGACAAGUCCUGCCGCUGUGGAGUCUGCCUGCCCAGCACCUGCCCACACACCGUCUGGCAACUGGAGCCAACCUGCUGUGACAACUGCCCCCCACCCUGCCACAUCCCUCAGCCCUGUGUGCCCACCUGCUUCCUGCUCAACUCCUGCUACCCCACCGCAGACCUGGAGACCAUCAACCUCACCACCUACACUCAGCCCUGCUGUGACCCCUGCGUCCCAAGCUGCUGCUGACCGGUGGCUGCUUUGCUCUGUGCCUGCCUUUGAAAGAGUCCACCCAGAAGCUCUAGCGUUCACCUGUCUCAGCACCUGCAACUUGCUCCCUCUGCUUUAGGAAACUGGAACCCAGGCAACACUACCACUGACAACACAGCCACCACCUCCCCGCAAAAUAGAGGGCAAGAGAUUUUCAAUGACCAUGUAGCUAUUAUCGGUAGCCAAGUGCCAUUUGAAUAAGCGGAAGCCUAUGGCUUCCCAAAGUCUAAUUCCUCAGUAUUAAAGUGUACCUGUCUUUGGUUCUUUGGG